CCUUGCACAGCCACAAGGAGGGGUUAGGCGGCGGAUGCAUACUUGUGCCCAACGUUCGUCCUUGAUCGCAAAACCCUCAGUUCCCAACGUUGAAGACUUGUAGUUCGCCUACAAUGUCGAAACUACCAUUGUAUAGUAAUGGCCUCACAGUCGUUUACAAGCCCAACACCCCCUGCAUUGUAGACAUCGUUUUCGUCCAUGGGUUGCAAGGACACCCCUACCGCACAUGGUCCUCAACAUCAGUGCCGAACCUUCACAAACCCGCAAGGACCUUGGCUUGGUGGACGUCAAAACUCAGAGGUUCCAAGGAGCCGCCGCAUCCGGCCGCCAUAUUUUGGCCAUGCGACUUGCUCCCGAGCAUGUGUCCUCGGGCUCGCAUUGUCAUGUAUGGUUACGACACUAUGAUCACCAAAUACAUGACGUCCGCCACGAGCCAAAACACAAUUUACUCACAUGCCAAGGACCUCCUGUUUGCUCUCUGCCGAGAAAGCGAAAGAGAACUCGACCCCGAUCGCCCGUUGAUCUUUGUGGCCCACAGCCUCGGUGGGAUAGUGGUCAAAGAGGCUCUGGCGGCGUCCUCGGUGUCCGCCGAUUCUCAACAAAAAAAUAUUGUCGAGUCUCUUGCCGCUACCGUGUUUCUCGGAACGCCUCAUCGGGGAAGCCUCGACUUUGCGGCUGCUGGGGAGCGGGCACGCUUUCUCAUCAGCGCCUUGGGCGCCCAGACAGCACCCACCAUGCUGCAGGCACUCGGUCUCAAGACCACCGACCUGGAGCGUGCUCAAGAGUCCUUUUCGGGACUAUGGCAGAAACACAACUUCCGAGUCAAGACUUUCCAAGAGGGACUCGGACUUACGGCCAUCAACUUCAGUAUCCUGGGAAACAAGGUGGUCCCAGACUACUCGUCGUCUCUGGGCGACCCACGAGAACACGCAGAAACUAUACACGCUAACCAUCGGGACAUGUGCCGAUUCACCGGCACCGAUGACCCUGGUUUCCAAAAGGUUGCCGGGGAGCUGAGGUCUAUCUGCAUGGCUAUCGAAAACAAACAACACAAUGAUGCAGCAGCAAAACCUGGCGUGCGUUCACCGAGCAUCAACUCCAUCCAACUCAACGGUAGCAAUAUCGGCGGCCUCAGUGCGUCUGAGAAGAAACUGCUGCAGUCCCUCUGGUUCCCCGGCAUGCACACUCGCUGUCGGAAUCUGAAAGAGCCAGCAGAGCGGACGGGCCACUGGCUGUUUGAAGACAGGCUAUACACGGGAUGGUUCAGCGGACAGAGCCGAGCCCACCACCAGGGGAUGCUUGAGCUGAAGGGAAAGCCCGGCUCAGGAAAGUCGGUGCUGAUGGGGGAAGCGUAUCGUCGCACCGUUCGGCAAAAACAGGGUGGUUCUGCCUGCCGCGUCGCCGCCCACUUCUUCGACGCCAAACAAAGCAACAGCCUGCAUUAUUCGAAACUCGGCGCCCUUCGAUCGCUGUUGUGCCAACUUCUGCUCCAGGAUCGAGAGUUGCUGUCCUGGGCUGCGUCUCGCUUCCACGACAAGUGCAAAGAUGCCGGCUACGAAGCCCACAGGGUACCGGGCAAUGGUGCCGGUAUUCAAUCGACUGGGGAGGAGCUCGAACGACUAUUGGCCGGCGUUUUGACACGCCAGCUGGCCGGUAGGAAAACCUACAUUUUCGUCGACGCGCUAGACGAGUGUCACGACAUGCGGGAUAUUGCCUACUUUUGGAGGAGUAUUACCCAGAGAGCCUACAGUUUGAAUGUCGACCUUAACGUCAUGCUAUCUUGCAGGCAUUUCCCCAACAUCGUAAUCGCAGGCUGUCCAAGUAUCCUGGUUGACCAGAACAACACGCGCGACAUCAGCACGUAUGUGGAGCAGAGGUUCAAGCUCGGCAUUGCUGCCCAGGAGUCAGAGUGGCCACUGCUGCGAGAUGCCAUCCUCGCAAAAGCCAGGGGCGUCUUCUUGUGGGCGGUUUUGGUUGUGGAUAGUGUGGUGGACAAAUGGGAACAAGGGGACGGACUGUUGUCCUUGCUGAGCCACCUCGAUGUCCUGCCGAACGAGCUUCAAGAUCUCUUCUCGCAGCUCUUCGCAGCCCUCGAACCAGAAUCUCGAGACCACACCUUGCGGCUGUUCCAGUGGGCCGUGUUAUCCGCCCGGCCUCUCCGCCUCCACGAGUGGCAUCACGCCCUGGCCUUUAUCCAACAACUGCCGCCCACGUCACUUAAGAAAUGGCGGGCCACGGAGUACUUUACCAGGGGUGAUAACCAUCUUGAAAGAAAGAUCCGCGCCAUUUCCAAAGGAUUGCUGGAAAUUACGAGCAGUUCGGUGGAACCCUGCGCCGAUGAGGGCUCAGAGUCGACGGCAUCCAAAUACGCUGGAGCCGGAUCAUUCGUCCUGGACCACGGCGAAACUAGGAUCAUCCAGGCCAUCCACGACUCAGUACACCAGUUCUUCCAAUUUGGUGAAGGAUUCCAGAUCCUCCGGGGCCAGGAAUCCUGCUCUGAGCCCGGUUUUGACAGAGUCCUGGGCGACGGUCACGUUUCCAUCAUUGCUACCUGUCUAGACUAUCUGAACAUUGUCGAACUGGACGCCUUGGUUGAAGCACGGAUCAAGGCUGCAGAGGCCCGGGGUGAGGAGCAUCCGCACGUACUGCUAGAGCCGAUCCUCGCGUCCGGAGCAGGGACGCCCGAGAAUAGGCAAGAUAGCAAAACUUGUCCAUCACCGACGGAGCCGGAAAGCAUGGACGCAAUCACGCGAUGGGCAGCCAGCGUUAUCCAAGACCCCGACGUCCCCUAUCACGAGCCCAUGCCAAUACUGCCGGACAACUGCUCGGACACGGGCGUCUCAAUUGAAUCUCAGGAACUGGAGGACUACCCAGCCCUCCUCUCAUAUACAAUUGACCAGUUUCUUUAUCACGCCCGGCAGGCCCAGGCUUUGGGAGCGGACCCGGGACCUGUUCUUGAGCGGCUCAGGGACAAAGACAGGUGGAACCGCUGGAUGGCGCUCACAGAGGAGCAGUCUCCGUGGCCCAGCUUUGCUGUCUAUUUCGCAAACGAAGGGUUCGCCAGAUUCCUGGACACAAAGUGCACUAAGCCCCCAGAGCCGAACGCGAAAGAAGUUGCCAGUGGCAGCGGCCAACUCACCGAGCACCCCCGUAGCGAACCUGUUCUGGACUUCCUCACUCACCGAACGAAAAGCCUGAGCGACUCCGCGUCUAAAGCAGCCCCUCUUCAUCCCUUGAGAAGAAAAUCUAGUAUUCACAGCUUUUGUUCCGCAGCUAGCGUCAAGACCGGUUCCAUAUGCGGUAGUGGCGAACACAGCACCAUCAAAAUCACCAUCUCAUCAAAAGGCCUUAGGCAGAAAGAUCUCAGCCGGUACCUCAGCCUAAUAUUUCCGCAAGGGUUUAAUAUCCUCGUUGGUUUCGUAUGCUAUCGAGCUCCCGAGGAGGUUAAACCCGACAGAGCUUCAAGAUAUUGAUUUGUUGUUGAGAGGCGACCAAUCGGACGUUGAUGAGUUCCUGAAAGACUUGGCAGAGGAGAUAUUGGCAGAGGAGAUAGGGACUGUGGGGAUAUCGCAGGUGGCAGAGGACCCAGCGGAAUGAAUAAACCUA